AGUGGUAGAGGAACAAUUUUGAUUCUUGUAAUUUGUGGGAUUUUAAGCGUUGGUCGAAGUUCUCUCUGCGAUAGUUCUCAUUGUUCUAUUCCUCCUGCAGAAAUUUGGUACCACUCCUCUUUUGGAUGUACAGUAUUAUUCAAGGCGAUAUCACCCCAUUACAUAGUCCUCUUCUUCUUAAGAAAUGGAAAGCAAGGAUGGAUAUAUCUUGGUGGUACUGUCAUCUGCAUUACAGGUUCUGAAGCAAUGUUUGCUGAUCUUGGUCAUUUCAACAGGAGUUCAAUUCGGAUAGCUUUUCUCUUUACUAUAUAUCCAUUAUUAGUGCUGACAUAUGCGGGACAGACGGCAUAUCUGAUCAGAACUCCCGACGACCAUUUUGAUGGAUUUUACAAGUUUAUACCAUCUGCUGUGUACUGGCCAAUUUUUGUUAUAGCCACAUUAGCUGCAAUAGUAGCAAAUCAGUCGCUGAUUUCAGCCACCUUUUCUGUUAUCAAGCAAUCAGUUGUGUUGGAUUAUUUUCCUCGGGUGAAGGUAGUUCACACAUACUCCUGCAAAGAAGGCGAGGUUUACUCACCAGAAGUUAAAUACAUCCUCAUGAUUCUCUGUGUUGCAGUCAUACUAAUUUUCGGAGAUGGGCAAGACAACGGAAAUGCCUUUGGUGUUGUUGUUAGCAUGGUUAUACUUAUAACCACUGUAUUGUUGACAUUGGUUAUGAUCAUUAUUUGGAGAAGUCCACCAGCUCUGUUCGCGCUCUACUUUGUUGUAUUUUUUGUGAUGGAAAGUGUAUAUGUUAGUGCAAUCUUCACAAAAAAUCCAGAAGGUGGUUGGAUUCCUUUUGCCAUUUCUUUCAUCCUUGCUUUCAUUAUGUUUUUUUGGUUCUAUGGUAGGCCGAGAAAACUCGAGUAUGAAUUGACACACAAGAUAGACUUGGAGAGAAUAAGGCCACUGCUAACGGAUCUAGGUCUUCGGAGAGUUCCCGGACUCUGCUUCUUCUACACGAAUAUCCAAGAUGGUUUAACCCCAAUUUUAGGUCAUUACAUAAAGAAUAUGAAGGGGAGCCUUGGAGUAACUGCUAAAGUUAUUGCCAUGUGACAAUCUCUGGCAGAAAUGCAAGAUAAGCUUAGUUUUGAAGGGGAUGAUUUGGUUAAUCAAGUUAACCAGAGUUUACGGGUUCAUGUGCUCCACUGCUCCAAUUCAUCGGAGGUAGAUGAUGAAGUUUCCGAAUUGGAAGAGGCAAAGCUUGCUGGGGUGGUCCAUAUUCAGGGAAAGACAAGGCUUUAUAUCGGUAAGUGUUGUAGAUGGUUUGAUAGUACAAUGCUUGCUUUUCUAUGAAGUUUUGCAUAGCAAUUGCAGAUCUGCCCUGCCUGCUAUGGGUGUACCAUUACCCCAAUGUAUCGAGGUCAGAAUGCUCUACAAGGCUUGACUUGUUCUUAUUGGCUUAACUACAAGGCACUGAAAAAGUUCCAAGAAGAUUGAUUACAACAAUAACAGUUUCUUUCUUGGAAACUAUAUCGGAUUAGGACACUAGCCGAUGGGGGACGUUGAUACUUGCAUACAAGACCUUAGGAGUUGUUUUUGGGGGUCUUGUCACAUCUCCACUCUAUGUAUAUCCAUCAAUGCCGUUAAAUUGUCCAACUGAAGAUGAUUAUUUGGGGAUCUACUGCAUAAUGUUUUGGACCCUCAGUUUAAUAGGUGUUGUCAAAUAUGCUACCAUAGCUCUCAAAGCUGAUGAUCAGGGCGAAGAAAUAUAAAUAUUGGGAUUCUUUCUUCCAAGAGUGCCAGUUUGAAUUCAAGUUUAUUCCUAUGUUAACCAAUCGAAAAAGCCAAGUACGUUGGGUAAUUUUGUGAAAGGAGUUUGAUUGCGAGAAGGGUACUGCUUUUCAUUGCAAUGUUGGGUAUGUGCAUGCUAAUUGGCGAUGGCAUGCUUACACCUGCCAUCUCAGUGUUGUCUUCAAUGGAUGGCUUAAGAGCACGUUUUCCCUCCGUCAAUAAAUGUAAGUUUGACAGCAUGCAGUACGAUACAUAUUGUUCUUUGCUUUCUCAGUCGAGCUCCUUGCACGGGGCUUGCCUAGUGCAGUUUACCUCUCUUGUGUGGUUUGCGGGCUAUUACAUUGAAGCGGGGUUUACCCUAUGCGCACCCGAAGGAUAGUAACUGCUGGUUCCCGUGUCAUAAAAAAUAUUGUCUUCGUAUGGAGAGGCCUUAAUGAUUUUAAGGGUAAUUGGGAGGUGAUAGAGGAACAAUUAUGAUUCUUGUAAUUUCUUGGGUUUUAAGGUAUUGUGCUUGUUAGCUCAGUUCUUAGUCUCUUCUUCUUGCUUGUUUUAUAUGAUUUACAUAUCCUUGUUUUCUGGCAGAUAGCUUUUCUCUUUACUAUAUAUCUAUCUUUAGUGCUGACAUAUGCGGGACAGAUGGCAUAUCUGAUCAGAAAUCCCAAUGACCAUUUUGAUGGAUUUUACAAGUUUAUACCAUCUGCUGUGUACUGGCCAAUUUUUGUUAUAGCCACAUUAGCUGCAAUAGUAGCAAGUCAGUCGCUGAUUUCAGCCACCUUUUCUGUUAUUAAGCAAUCAGUUGGGUUGCAUUAUUUUCCUCGGGUGAAGGUAGUUCCCACAUCCUCCAGCAAAGAAGGCGAGGUUUACUCACCAGAAGUUAACUACAUCCUCAUGAUUCUCUGUGUUGCAGUCAUACUAGUUUUCAGAGAUGGGCAAGA